UCGCGCAUGGUAUCCACUCGUCGAUGUAAGUGCCCCAACAGGUAUAGGCUUACACUUGUCUUGCUAUCGAUCUCUCAAAGAUAUUCCAUUUGUUUAUUCUUAAUCAUUUUUCAUUUAGCUGAUAUGAACCAAGAGGAAUCUGGAUGUCCACAUCCCCUGAGAGGAAGUAAAAUGGGAGUGGAAGAUGGACGAAUCCCAGAUUCUAGUCUUACUUCUUCAUCGUAUCGGAUUAUCGACGGAUUCCCCCUUUCAGCACAAAAUGGAAGAUUGAACGGCGGAAUAGAUUCUAAUAGGAACGCUUGCUGGCUAGCCGCUGAUGACGACCAAGACAAAUGGGUGAAGAUAGAUGUUGGUCAAACCUCUCUCAUAACCGGUAUUAUUGUACAAGGGCGACACAUGGAACAUCAAUGGGUAACGUCUUUGAAAGUGUCCUAUUCCCUGGAUGAUUAUAUAUGGACAUUCGUUUUGGAACCACAAUGCAAACAAAAUGUCUUUUCUGCAAACUACGAAACUAACACUCCAGUGACUAUUGUGUUCAACCAACCAAUAACAGCUCGAUAUGUCAGAAUUCACCCACUCACAUGGAACCAAGACUGUGGCUUUAGAUAUGAAGUCCUUGGUAUACAAGAUUAGAAGAGAGGGAACGCUUAAAGGACAAGUCCACCCCCAACAAAAUGUUGAUCUUUUGCAUGUCACUGAGUUGUGCAUAUCACUGAUCUUUGAAAAAUAAGCUAACUUGGAAAAAAGUCACAACUUUAUUAUUUUACAUCCGAUUUUGAUGAAAGUUUCAGCGUUAUGCUUGUUUGUUUUUUCUCGUUUUAUUCAAAUAAAUGUUUUCCUGGGGUGGACUUAACCUUUAAAGGGUCACAUUUUAGUCUUAUCUUAUAGUGAAAAUCGCUACUUUUACAUCAUUCUCAUUUCCGGUAAUAGUUGAUUAUAAUUUUGAAAUGCAACUUAAAUACGGUUAAAUCUAUUACCAUUACCUACCUUUAAUUAUCAAAAAGUCAUUAAUUAAUGCAUUGAUUUGUUCAUUGAUUUAUUAUUUCAGUAAUUAAUAAACUGAUAAAAUAUCAUAAAGUCUUUAGAAAAUCAGUCAAACGUUAUCAUGACUUGUUAUAUUGUAUUUUUUACUGAUAGAAACUGGUGAGAAGAAUGAUUUAUAAUUUAAGAACAAAGUCCCUUUCUUUCUAAUCAGGUGAUAGGGCCUAUAAAAGAUAUAAUGGGAAACUUGAGGGCCAUUAUCAUUAGUCCCUGAUAAUUUUUUUUUAAAUCAAACGAAAACUUGCCCAAGAUUAUUAAGUGAUGGUGAAUUCUAGGAACAGUUUUUUUUUUAUAUAUUUUUUUGCCUAAAAUCAUACAUUGCCGAUUGUAAAUGUUUAAGCUAUGAAGGUAAGGGUCAUAUGGUAACCCAUAUUCAUAAGAUUUUCAAAGAUUCUUGAGAAAAUAACGUAAUAGAGAUAGGAUGAUUUCAUGUUACUCCGCAUGCUUAGCAAUUUGGAUUUCGAUAGGAUAGUUUUGCUCUACAAUUGUGGGCGCUUUCAACU